CCAACGCCCGCCAUGCCUCUCCUCGCCCAGCUCGGAAACAGGGCCUCGCUCCUCCUCCACCGCCUCGUCUAUGCAUUCCCCGCCGCCCCUCCGCCUUCCCACUCCCCCACCCCGGCCUCCGACGCCAGCCCCAACUUCGACCCGGCCCCCGCGCCCGAGCCCACACCUGCGCUCAGCUUCGUAGGCAGCGGAUACGGCGUCACUCUUAUCCUCAUGGGCAUACUUCUCAACCGCAUACACCAUACCGUCCGCCGCCCCCGCCAGCCGCCGCCUGACGACCAUCCACGCCCCAUAAAUCCCUCCUACUUCUAUCGGCUUCGAGCCAGCGUCUCGGACUUUUUCACUUCUCCAGACGCUGCCCGCUACAUCCGACUGCCUGGAAUCGUCUGCCUGCUCCGGGCUUGGAUAUUGUUCACCGUCCUUCUCAUCCAGGUCAUCGGACUCUGGCCCGAAUUCCAGCACGAUCGCACUACAGCGAUGUGGAGAAGGGCCACCAGUCGCCUUGGAAAUUGGGCUGGCGAGAUGGAGAUGAACGAUAUCUGCUGGCAGGUAUUUGUGAGUGUGUGCGUCGGGCUGCUCUGCAGUGGAAUCGCCAACGGCUUAGAUACAAUCCGAAGGCGCGAUGUUGCAGCCAGUUUCAAUCUCACGGGCUAUUCGUUCAUGAUGCACCUGUACUCGUCCCCUCUCACACACCAACACACAGAACGGGCCGUGGCGCAUGGAAGGCCAGACGCCCAUGCGUUAUUCCAACUAUGGCUUAGCCUGACUGAAUUAACUUGGUUACAAAUCCUCGAACUCUCCCUGACCCUACGAGACAAUGUCCUCCUGCCUACUUCUGUAUGCGGCAUCGUCGGCGUAGUGCACUUUGCCUAUGUCCUUUUCAGUUCGCCUCUGAGAUUCCCGAGUUUCACAUUCCUCACUCAUAUGGUGAGUCCUACUUGGUAUUUCCUUGCGCUCUUCCUCUCUGUGGUAAUUUUAUCUACCGUCAUCCUAAGAGCCAUCACCUUUAUCUUUUCAUAUGGCUAUAUCCCCUCUCUCACUUCCUUGCUCCCUCAUGAGGGCGUUAUCCCUGAUCGUCGAGACGACUUUGGCGUUACCCUCCUCAAGAUUGGUACGGCGUGUAUCGAAGCCACCUCCUUGUCUGGACUGAGAAACGAGCUCGCCAACAUUGACAAGCCAGAAGCACCUUGGGUCGAAAUAACUUCUGACGGCAGCGAAUUCCACCAUGGCCUCCUGCAGCACAGCCCUACGCCCGGCUUUUGCACCGAAAUCAGUAAUAUCAAAGUAUCUGAAGCCGAGGAUUCCGAGCGCCUCAAUCCGCAGUGGCGAGAAGUCCGCGCAUUUGCGCGUGCUCUGUUCACCGCCAUCCUAUCGGCUCUGAUCCGGUUCAUCAUGUCUACCCGAGUCGGUCGAAGCAUGUUUAGAUUGGGUGCAAAAAUCUGGCGAGCGAGAUGGUGGUAUGGUCCUCGAAGCUGGAAGUUUUGGCGGCGCGACGCAUGGAGGGAACCGCCAGAGAACAUUCGUGCACGUGAGAGAGCGAGACUGAGAGCGAGAGCGUCCGCCAUCAUUGAACAAAUAUCCGGGUCAGGAGAGUCUAGUCAUCAAUUGGCCCAUACCGCCAAUCUGCACAGGACUGGAUACACAAGAGGAACGAGCACUAGCGUCAGCCUACGAGACCAUGGUGGUUCCACCGCAACUAUUCAAAGAAAUCGACAACCUAGGCGAGAAAUGUGGACAUAUGCGGACUAUCUCCUGAAGGAUGUGGAUGGAGAAAUAGAAGAUGAUGAAGAAUGGAUCCAAGAGAUGUCUGAUGAUUCAGAUUCCGAGCAGAUGAGUAUAGCCGAUGCCAAUGAAGAAGAAGAAGAAGAAGAGGACCUCUUUGACGAGGGUAUGGACGUAGAGGAGGAGGAAAUGAAGCAGAGGGGAAUGCUGUAUGGGGAUCUCGUCUCACAGACGACUGAAAGCGACGGCAGACAGUCGAGUGACGAUUUUCAACCAGUCUUACUUGCACACCUUACAUCACGCACAGCUGCUCCUCUUACCCGACAACGUUACACAUCGCUCAUGACACUCUAUUCAUCCGACUCUUUGCACACUCCAGCACUACCAUCCCUAGUUUCAAUGCAUAAUGAGAAUGUUUUGGGCCUUCGGGACGUUAUGCAUGAAAGACGACAAGCUAUGAAAGGCUAUGAAGAAGAAGACGAGGAAACAAAGCGCACUUGUGUCGUUUGUAUGGUCAGUAUGAGAGAUACCAUUCUCUGGCCUUGCAGAUGUUUGGCCGUGUGCAACGACUGUAGGGAAAGUUUGGCUGCAAGACUCCCAGCGCAGAAUCACAUGUGCCCGUGUUGUCGCAAAAAGGUCGAAGGUUACAGUCGUAUUUAUAUCCCAUAAUAUGUCCACUACUAUCAAUGUCCCCCUUCUUCGAAUGAUCUGGUCACUUUGUCUUGUAAAUCCAGCUAGACAUGUAUACAUCUUGC